AGAUUAGAGGAAUGCACUGCCGCAUUCACUGAUACUGAGAAAUAAUGGCCUGUGGUUAGUUACUGGUGAUUUGUAUCUGUCUACAGACAGGUUUGGCAGACGCACAUCAUGCCUCAUUGAGAUACUGCGAGUGAUACAAGGUCAAAACCUCAAUGAUUCAUGAAGAAAAGCGUAGACAGUGGGUGAAGGCUGCCACUUUAAAACCUGUGGGCCAGGGCUGCCACUGGAUUAACUAAAUGAAAAGUACUUGGGAAUAAUACAAUGGCCCAUUCUCAUUCAGUAUAAUCCUUGCAGGUAUUGCAAGCAGUUUCAUAUGACUCGGCAGCAAAAAGGCAACUACAAGCACCUCUCUGAAGAAGUGUUUUGGCUAUAGGUUAAAACAGAAUACAAAUGUCAACUAUAAAUGUCCGAGUUACAACCAUGGAUGCAGAGCUGGAGUUUGCCAUCCUGCCCAGCACAACUGGCAAACAGCUUUUUGACCAGAUAGUGAAGACAAUCGGGCUGAGGGAGACGUGGUUCUUUGGGCUUCAAUAUAAGGACAGCAAAGGCUUCUCCACCUGGCUCAAGCUGAACAAGAGGGUGACUGCUCAAGAUGUGAAGCGGGACAACCCUUUGUUGAUCAAGUUCAGGGCCAAGUUUUACCCCGAGGAUGUCGCCGAAGAGCUGAUCCAAGAGGCAACUCAGCGGCUCUUUUUUCUGCAGGUAAAGGAGAGCAUCUUAAAUGAUGAUAUAUACUGUCCACCUGAGACUGCGGUGCUCUUGGCCUCAUACGCUGUUCAGGUCAAGCUCGGAGACUACAGGGACGAUUAUCAUGUACCGGGAUAUCUCGCAAAAGAGAAGCUGUUGCCACAGAGGGUUUUGGAGCAGCACAAGCUGAACAAGAGUCAGUGGGAGGAAAGAAUCCAGGUGUGGCAUAAAGAGCAUAAAGGGAUACUCAGAGAAGAUGCAAUGUUAGAGUACCUGAAGAUAGCACAGGAUCUGGAGAUGUAUGGGGUCAACUAUUUCAACAUCAAGAACAAGAAAGGCUCAGAGCUGUGGUUAGGGGUGGACGCACUGGGGCUAAACAUCUAUGACAAAAAGGACAAGCUGACUCCAAAGAUUGGCUUUCCCUGGAGUGAGAUCAGAAAUAUUUCCUUCAACGACAAGAAAUUUGUCAUCAAGCCCAUCGACAGGAAAGCUCCGGACUUUGUCUUCUAUGUACCUCGUCUUCGCAUCAACAAACGCAUCCUGGCAUUGUGCAUGGGGAAUCAUGAUCUGUACAUGCGCAGACGCAAGCCCGACACCAUUGAGGUGCAGCAGAUGAAGGCCCAAGCUCGUGAGGAGAAAAACAAGCGACAAAUGGAGAGGGCUCUGCUCGAGAGUGAGAAAAAAAAGCGAGAAAAUGCUGAGAAGGAAACAGAGAAGAUUGCUCGGGAGACCAUGGAGCUGAUGGAGAGAUUGAGACAGAUUGAGGAACAGACAAAGCGAGCUCAAGAUGAGCUGGAGGAGCAAACUCGUAGGGCGCUUGAGUUAGAGAAGGAAAGAAAAAUUGCUCUGGAGGAGGCUGAGCGCCUGGACAAAGACCGCAGAGCUGCAGUAGAGGCUAAAGCAGCCCUGCUGCACCACUCUGAGACCCAGAUCAAAAAUCAGGAAAACCUGGCCACUGAGCUGGCAGACCUUACUUCUAAGAUCUCUCAGCUGGAAGAUGCAAAGAAGAAAAAGGAUGAAGAGUCGAAAAGAUGGCAGAAAAGGGCAGUGAUGGUAGAAGCUGAUUUGGAGCAAACAAAAGAAGAGCUGAAGACUAAACUCAUGGGUGUCCACAUCCAGGAUUCGGUCCAUUCUAACAUCCUCGACCACGAUGAGACGGAUGAGAGCAGCGCAGAAGCGAGCGCUGAGCUGACUUCUCCGGGGAUGGUCCGAGAUCGCAGCGAGGAGGAAAGAGUCACAGAGGCCCAGAAGAACCAGAGACUACAGAAAAACCUAAAGUUCCUGAGCACCGAACUGGCUCGAGCUGUAGACGAGAGCAAAAAGACCCCCAAUGACCUGAUCCACGCUGAGAAUGUGAGGGCGGGCCGUGACAAAUACAAGACCCUGCGUCAGAUUCGUCAGGGCAACACUAAACAACGCAUCGAUGAGUUUGAGUCCAUGUGAGCGGGAGUGCUGUCGGCUGGCUCAGCCUGCAGGAGAGACUAAGUUCGGAUGAGCUGGACACACACAGAGAUUUUAGAAGUGUAGGGGAAACAUUAUCACAUUAAUCGUAAAUUUAGCUUAAGAAUGACAGUGUGAACCCGAAAACAAAUUAUAUUAUAGACAAUGUUGACGAUUUCUUUAGUAAGCAAGUCAGUGAGAAUGUAGCAGCUGUUCUUCUAGAUGCAUUUUUAAUUUUGCACACACCCACAUUCCCACUUCUCAUUUAUAAACAGGUUUGCUGUUGCCCUUAUCAGUCUGAUUACAUCCUACUGCACUUCCAAUAUGUCCUAUUGAAAACCUUAUUAAUGUUGAUUAAUUGAAGCAGUGACAUUUAAGGCAAAUGUUUUUAUUCUAGCAAAAUGUGAAAUCAUCUUUUCUUUAUCUUGGAAAUAGAAGUAAAAAAUAAAAUAGAGAGAGACACAA